GGUAUAUCUUCGAGCGAGUAUCGCAUAUAAUUUUUAUCCUCUGUGUGCGCUUCGCUGGGGCAGUGUUUACUUUCCACCAACUUGGAAGGGUGGUGUUGGGCGGUGAAAAUUCCUCAAGAAAAAGUAGUUUUUGUCCGUUUGGAAAUAGGAGGUUUCGCUUACGUCGGACUGAUUGACAUAUAAGGAUAAUUUUCAACAAAUGUGAACAUGGAUUUAUCGGAAGCGAUGAAAAUAGCUCUGGCGAAGAGCCACUCGGCACAACAAGCAGCGGCCGCGGCUGCUGCUGCAGUUGCCGGAAAUAAUGGGAGCAGUUCAUCGACGGCACACGGUAGCUCUGGAGAUCAUUCAGGAGCAGGAUACGUUACAGAAAAACUGUACAUGUUGUUGCAGCUGUAUCUUCAGAACAAAGGUUGGAAUCCUUCGGUUGAACUAUUGCAGUGCUUUGCAGAGUUGAAGGAUACUCCUGUGCUCCCAAAUGCAGCCUAUCUGCAAAUGCUGGCCAGUAGGGUAGCCCUUGAUGCCCAGGGUAGGCUUGUGUUGAGAGAUUCCGGUAAGAUUAUUCUUCCGUUUGAGCAUUUUGCCAACGCAGUCAUGCUGAAACACAUGUCCGGCCCUCAUGGAUUACAUUUGAGUGUCGAGGCCACAGUGCGAGCGGUCAUGGAUUCCUAUACAAUUGGCAGAGAAAAUCUUGGCAUGGAGAAAGAGUUCAUCGUUGAAGUCGUACAAUCCUGCCCGAGCCCAGCAUGUCGGUACUACAAAGGACAAAUAGGUGUAGGGCCAUUUAUAGACCAAACUUUCAAUCCCGGCAACCAUCUCAAUCCGGAAUAUCUGGCACAUCUGCAGCAACUCGGUCAGUCCGGCUUGGACAUUGGUUCUGUUGAUGCUGUAGCUGGCAAAGCGCUGAACAAUCAGGCGAAAAUUUCCAAAACAGCGUCAACCCAACAGCAGCAAAUCACGGCCGCAAUUAUUCAGCAACAAAACCGAGCCAUGGCUCAACAAUCUUUGGAAAAAUUUGGCAAUCUCUCGAACAUUGAAAAGCAGCGCGUUUUGCAACAGUUGGACAAAAAGCACUAUGAGGUUGCUCAAGCACAAGUAACUGGGAUGCAAUCGCAGCUUGUAUCCGCCACUUCCAGCACAAAUGCAUUGUCAUCUGCUCAAAGUAGUGCUCAGAGUCAGCAAGCAUCGGUUGCUGCAGCUGCGGCAGCUUUAUUGCAGCAACAGCAGCAGCAGCAACAACAACAAACUCAAUCGCUCGAGGUGACCCGUUCACAACAAAUCACUCAACAAGCCCACGUUGUUCAGCAACCAAUUCAGCAGCAGCAAACUCAACAACAAACUCCACCACUCGUGAACAACGCGCAAACAGUAUCGUCCCAAGUAGCCACAACUCCUUCCUACUUGAGCCAGCCGCCACUGCAAACCAUCAACAUGGACACCGGUCACAAGCUGUCCGAUUAUAUGCGCGGCGCCGUCGAUCCGCUGGAGAAUGUGUCCACCAGCAAGGACCUGUUGGCACUGCACAAUGGUGCCUGGUCCCUGGAGCGAGGUGGCGCCGGUGCAGGACCCGACGGUCUGGCCAUCAGUCAGGACAAAAUCAUACGGGCGUUUAGCGAGCUUAUGCGGAAUAUUGCCCGCAUGAAGACUUGCAUUCGUCCGAGCAUGUGCAAACCGUAUGGAAAGCAGUCCGAAACGCUGCAGAAAACGCUGUUUGAUACAAUCCAGCUGAUCCAAUCGUUGCGGAACUGCCUACCGGCCCCACAUAUCCCGGUUACAUCAUGGAAAAGCGAAACGCACACCGGUCCCAAUGGCACAGAAUCGGGUUAAUCUACUUAAUGUAGACAAAACUACAACUAACCUAUUGAAACAGUAUCAUUAUUCAUCCUAAUAGCAAACAGUUUAUUCAGUAACAAUAUAAUAUAAGCAUAAGCAACUACACACAAUUCCAGCUGGCCAGCUGGAAACAAAUCCAAUAUCUGAGCCAAUGAGCAAAUUUGAUUACGCAUUUAAUUAAACACAUCAUAUUAAUUAGGAGUAGUAAGAAAGGUAAGAUAACUUUGUUUGUUCCUUUGGCGGCACAAGUUCGUGCCGCUGCAGCAUUUUUAAGAGAAUCUUAUUUAGAGUAAAGAUGAAGAUUAUUGUGAUAAUUUGUACAACACAAACUAACUACGCGUUCGGAAUCUAAACCGUACUACUUGCCGCGAAAGUAUCGAUAGAAGUUUAAAAAAAAACAAUUUAACACCAACAUUGCUCAUAUGGUGGUUAGCAUACCACGUGUUUGUUUGUUUUUAUUUUUUUUUAAACCUAGCAAAAUUGUUUUAAUUAGCGAACUUGUACGCAUAAUGCUUCCCCCUUUUUGGCUAGAACAAAACAAAACACUGGCAAUAAAGCUGUGAUAAGAGGGCAUUACACAAAAAAAAAUUAAAAUUAAUAGCGGAGAAGGAAAAAUUACAUCGAGCAAUUUUCGGAGGAAGAAUGAGUUGCUAUUAAAAAAAAAAAUGUAACAUUGAAUUAGUAAAUCGAAGCUUGUGUCAAUUUGUGCAUUGUUUUUUUUUCUACUGGUUUACAAUAUUUCAAAAUAUCCGGUCAUAUACACUGUAAUAAAAUAGGACAUAACCAAUUUUGAUGAAUAAACUCGCAAUAUUCAAUUUAAUUCAUUAAAACAUAAACAAACGAGUUAAACUCACUGAUUGAUUGAUCUAUUGAAUUCAAUUGAACUGAACUGAACUACCUACAUGGAUCGGUAACAUUGAAUGCAUGUGCAAUACACAUACUGAGAAAAAAGAAUCUAUCAAUCGAAAACAAACUACAAUGAGAUUGAAUCCUUAAUAAUGUAAUGCAUGCUUGUCGACUUCUCAAUAAAAAUAAUUUUGGUAAAGUA